UCAAGGGGACUAACAGACAAACUGCUCUUCUCUGCUCAUCUGGAGAAGCAUCAGCCUACAUUUCUGCAACACUGACCACAGAGAUGCAGUGUAACUGUAACUCUAUAGGAUCCCUUCCCUCACCAUAUUGGAGCAGAACAGUGCUAUUCCCUGAUUGGGCAUACAAGCCUGCGUGGUCGCCUGGCUCCAGACAGGUGCAGCUGUGGCAUUUCCUGUUGGAACUCCUGGGGCGGGGUGAGGGCGGGGCGAUCGGAUGGGGGGGAGAGUGGGGGGAGUUUGUCAUCAGAGACCCUGAGAGGUUGGCGAGAAUGUGGGGAGAGAGGAAAGGCAAACCCCACAUGAACUAUGACAAGCUGAGCAGAGCACUGAGGUACUACUACAAUAAGAGGAUUCUUUAUAAGACCAAAGGGAAGAGAUUCACCUACAAGUUUAACUUCAGUAAACUGAUCCUGGUCAACUACCCAGGGUAUCCACCUUGCCACCAGCUGGUACCUAGUGUCCCUCUUCCGUUCUCCCUCCCCCGCCCUGAGGGUGGGGUAACUGGGGCCCCACUGUGUGGAGGAGGGGGAGGUGCCAUGAUGGACAGAGCCCUCCAGUGUGUCACACACCCUCUCCUGCUGCCGUACUGCCUCCCGAAGCCCAUCCCGUUUCCACAGUCCCACUCUCUUCAGGGACACUUACCCUUCCUCUCUGUGCCCCCUCCUCCUGGGAGCUCUAACCCUAACCCGAGUGAACUCUCAGCAGUCCUUCCACCUUCCACCACUGCUGCUUUACACCUCCACCCCAAUAGCUGGCCAACCAAGAAUGGCUCAGAGUGGGGUUUGAACAAUAUGAACAGGACCACCAGCCUUUGUGUGGGACUGGGAGCGAAAGAGAGUGGGAGCAAAGGAGGAGAGAGUAUUGUGGGAAAUGUUAAUGGAGAGUAG